AAAAAUGGCGCUUAGAAUUACGGAACCGUGGAUCAGGGAACGUGUCAAGUUAAAACAUGAUCAUUUAGGAAUGUUGUGGUGCAGUACCUCAUAGAUUCAUCUUAGCUAAUAUUCAUCACCUCCGUAUCAUGUCAGUCAAUCUUUGGUAGUAAUAACUGCCUUUGUUUUAGGGAUUGUAUUGGCAAAGCUUUAUGUGAAUGUAUGAAGGUUUCCUCCAACUUCAUUGGGUUUCCGAAACUUGACUUUCGGAGCUCGGGAGCUGCGUUGUAAAUUGCUUCUUGAGGUUUUCUAAUCCAUUUCCUUGCAAUCAGAUACGACUCUUGGUGAAAGUUCUUUUCAUCCUUGCUCUUAUUAAGUCAUAGAAAAUACUGAUAUGGGCGCCUAUUCGAGGAAUUACAGUAUUUAACCUUUCACCUUAAAGUUGAAAAUGUAAUUAUAGGGUAGAGACGUAUGGAGAAUCCUUCAAGAAUUUAUAAGUUUAUAUUGAUGCAUCUAAAAGCUUAAGAUGUUUUCUGACAGAACUGAGGUUUCUGUUAAUUACCUCAAUCAACCCCUUUUCCUAAAAUCACACCAAACAUUUCUGCUCAUUAAAAUGCUUACAAUGGACUUGCCAACUCCCUUGAAACCUUUUGAUUCCAAGAAGUGAUUAGUCCUUGAAGUUUCCCCUCACGGCAGCAUUGUCAAGCAAAGAGGUGAUGAGAAAGAGAAAAACAUCAAUAUUAUUACAAGGAUUAUCUCAUUUUUCACCUUUUUUAUUUUACAUGGAAGAAAAACUAGCUCUUUUUGUUAAAUUCAGCGACAGUGACAUUAAAAAGCUGAUCUCAAUUGCUGCUCCAGAAAUGAAGAGAAAGUCAACAAAAGUUACUUUCAAUGGGCAAUGCAAAAAUUAAUGGGAAGGUUAUCAAAUAACUAAACCACUUUCUGUCUUCUGUUAUGUUGGCUAAUGAUGUCCUUCGCUGGGAGGUUAUCCUCAAAAUUUCACUUUUGCCCUCAAGGCAUUGCUUCUCAGCCUAACCUUCAUUUUCUGGACAACAUUUCAGCUGUAGACAUUAUCAGCAAAUAUACUAGCUGCCAAUGUCAGAGUUAAUUGGGUUAAUUGAGACAAAGUACUUCCUUACUAGAAAUUAUGGGAAAUUUUCUAUAUUAUCCCUUGUAUAGAUGAUGUGAAAUCUCUCUCACUUCCUGGUGCAUAUAAUGAGAAGAUUUCAUCCCUGGGUACAGCUCUUCAUGGAUUCACUCGACUCAAGUCCUUAGAUCUGUCAAGGAAUUCUCUUAUGACUACUGAGGGUCUGGAGAAUCAACAAACACUGGAGUCACUUAACCUAUACUAUAAUAACAUUUCAACUUUGAAGGAUUUACAUGGGUUAAGGAAUUUGACAAAUCUAAAGGACUUAGAUCUGCGGUUGAACCCAGUCACCAAAAAUGAACCUGAUUACCGUCUGUUCCUUGUCCACAUGUUGCCAAAUCUACGGCGACUUGAUGAUAGAUCUGUGAGGGAUAGCGAAAGAAGAGCAGCCAUAAUGCACUUUACAUCUGAUCAGGCAUCAGAAUUUGAUCGCCAUUCUUCACCAAAAUCUGAAAGACCUUCAGAGAGGGUACCCUUGCCUAGAUCUGAUAUGAUUCAUAAGCUUGCUCCUUGUCCAUCAGUGCUAGAGGAAGACGAUGUGGCAGUCCUUGAUCUUAUCACACGCACUGGUGGAGACUUAAAACAGCCAAAAGCGAUCUCUGGCUCAGCAGCUAGGGUACCUGAUACUGAAGAUUAUACUAGAGAUGAACUCCACAAGAUGCUUCCAUCAAUGGCAGGACCUACUAGACACAAGACAGAUCUAAGAGACUCUUCUCAGGAUUAUAGACCACACAAGGAUAGAGUGUAUGUUCACUUUGCAGAUGAUAAAAUGAGACCAGCUGAUGAUCCAAAUCUAAGAUACACAGAUGAAACAAAUGCUUACACAACAAUAUCUACAAGAGGACAUUUCACACCAAAUCCAAGAGCAACAAAUCAUAAUACAACCCUAGAAGACCCUAUAUCUGACAGGUCUGUCAAGGGUGACUUUCCCAGAUCACAAGAAAGAGGACAAGAUGUGAGUAUACCAUUGUCAGCAAGGUCAUAUGAACUGUCACCCUCUAGAAGACUACAACCAUCUCCUAAACAAUCUCAAGGACCUCUUGCGGACAAGUUGGGUCCAGGAGAUGAUAUAAGCAACAAAAGAGAGAUGCCAACACAUGACUCUUUUGCAAACUCAACAAAAAUGGAUAUUACGGACUCAUCAGGGUCUUUAGAUCAAGAAGAACUCUUAAACAAACUUCUUGACUUAGUGGACAAGUACUGGAAUGGAUCCAAAUCACUUCAUCAUCAUUCAAAGUUUCAGAGUCUUGCUCAAAAACUUCUUUCUUCCUACUUACCACCUUCCAUGGAAAGAGCUCAUUUGACACUGUCACAUGAUAAUGAUAAAGUACAAAAAGAACUGAAGGAAAGAACAGCAGAAAUAUCAAGACUACGUGACCAAAUGUCACAACAACAGACUGACAUGGAACAAUUACAUAACAAGCUAAAAAGCCACCAAGGAUUAAAGGAUUCACUUGAUGCUGCCUCAUACGAACUGGCCUCUGUGAGAUCAAGACUUCUAGAGUUUCAGGAGGAGAAUAGUGCCCUACAAUCUAAAAUAACUGCCCUAGAGGUUGCCUCACAUGGUGCUUCAGAGCAAGAAAAACUUAUAGGUGAGCUUCAACAAAGAAAUCUUUCACUUCAGGAACAAGUUAAAUCUCUUAGCCAACAAGUUCAACAACAAAAUGUUAAUCUGGAGCAAUUACAGGAGCUCACAAACAUGCUACAAGAGAGCCACAGAUCACUAGUAUCUACAAAUGACCAUUUGCUGCGGGAACUGGAUGAGGCACGGCAGCGCCAUCAACAUGAAGUUCACCAGAUGCACUGGAGCUAUGAUAAUCUUAAAAAGACUAUCGACUGGUUACCAAAUAGUGUCAAGUAACAUUAAGACAAUCACUGGAGCCUAUUGUUCUACAACAGAUAUCUCUUCCUUAGAUAACCUUCAUAUAGAAACUAAGAUGUUUGCUUGCAAAAUAACAUAUUUAAUGAAGUGAAGAAAUAUUACAUAGCAUUUUAAUGUGAAGUUCAUGUGUCAAUUUUUGCUUAGUAUUUCUAAAUGAGUGUCUAAAACUUUAUGAAGACCCUAUGAACUGUAACUUGUAAUGAAAGUCUAAACUCAUGUCCUAAAUUAAAAGCUUGAAAUGUAAAACUUUUUCAUUACAAUUCUAUUUGAUUUUACAGGACUUCAUAUUUUCAGGCAUUAUGUGCAUGUCAAGUUAGUAAACACUCCAUUAUUAUAAUCACUGUCUUUGUAUCUUUCUGUGCCUGGGGGCUGUACAUACCUACACACAUUAAUUUUUAUUUAUUAUUUCCAAUCAUCAGUAGGUCAGCCUGAUUCUCAGAUGCUAGUUUGCCAUCCCUGCUUGUAAAACAAUCAUGUCAAACCAGUGUGUAUGCAUACAGCAUAUUACAAUAAAGUUUUGAACUGAUCAAAAAAUUGUAUACAGGGAAGAUGUUUGGUCAUGAUAACUUAUUUCUUAGUUUCAUUUGUUUUUCUUUAUAAGGAUCACUCCAGUCAGUUGUCACAACAUAUUUAUUUGCUAAAGCACCCAACCUUGAGAGAGCACUACCCUUUUGGAAGAAAGAGUUUAUAGGCAUCCAGCCUAGACAGGAGUUUGGUUUCAUUCUGUUGGAACAACUCACAUGCAAUGGUGUGGGUUAUUUGCAUCACUCAUUCUUAGACUCCUUGGUCUGGUUGUCACUCAGGGAGAUUCCACCAGACUGUCACCCACAACUCUUGGAUGUACUUAUGUCUAAUUUAGUGGAUAGUGUUCACACUACAGCUGCUAAAAGUAUUGGUGAGGAUUCAAAGUAUUUUCUGUUUACAAUGUUAAUGGCUUUAGGCCCCCAAAUGUGUGAUGAAGCAACCAAAAUAUAGAAACUUGCUCAAGACUUCAGUUUUGAUUUCUUUUGGUUUC